GAAUUUUGUAAUCACGACAUGACUCCAUAUACGGCAAAAUAUCGAAAUGGAAUGCCGGGAGCCAUUCGUCAUUGGCUCAAUGCUAUGCUUGGGAGAAAUCAGCUCGACUACAGUAUCGUCAAUUACGUUUUAUUGAUUUUGUGAGCUCGGUGUAAUCUAUUUUCUGUUCAUAAGGCUAUAUACCAUGGAGAAUACCAACUACUAUCACAGCAGAACACACGAUAAUGCAUGGAUUAAUUAUUGGUAUGAAGAAAGCAUUGUUUCUAUAUUUCUAAAGACAUGGAAUUAAAAUUGGACAGAAAUAUGACCGAGUUACGUGUGGCAUGAAACACGUUCAACACAACCUGGAGUGGUUUUUACUGGACAAAAGAUGAGCUCAAAAAUGGAGACAUUAAUUGAUAGUGCGCCAAUAAUGGACCACGCAAACCGAACAAUGGACCCGCCACCUCCCUACGUCGCUGUGGCUGUCAGCACAGACGCGAGUGUGCUUGUUAACGUAACAUACGAUGUGAGUACCGAGAAAAUGGAUGUAGAAAACGAACUUGAGGUUCCGGUGCUCAGCUGUCUCAUCCUCGUGCUGAUUAUUGGAACGGGCGUGGCGUCUAAUUUGCUUGUCAUUGUCAACACAAUACGAAAUACGAGCCUACAUAGAUCUCCUUUCUACAACAUGAUGAACUUAUCAAUUGCUAUUUUGUUGAGGACAACGCUAUGUAUCCCGUUCGUUCUUGUAACCAUGCUCAAUAAAUACGAAUGGGUAUUUGGCACUGAGGGUUGUACCCUCCUUGCUUUUGCAAAUACCUUGUUUAUCUUCGGUGCUCUGUUUGGUUUGUUCAUUAUUGCAGUUGAUAGACACGUUGCAGUACUUCACCACAAGUUCCACAAGAAACGAUUAAAGGGUGUAGCUUGUGUGAUCUUGGUCGUCAUAUGUUGGCUUAUGUCUUUUAUGAUGGCAUUCCCACCGGUGUUUGGUUUGGGGACGUAUCGAUACGUGAAAUUGGAGGCACAGUGUACUUUUGAGCAUCGCUAUUACAAGAACAAUGACACAUUAGGGUUUAUGUUAAUUUACCUUGUCAUUCUAACAUCAGUUUUUUGCAUCUAUCUUCGGAUAUUCCAAUUUAUGCGUGCGCAUCGACGCAUGCGUCCUCUUGGACAUUUACCAAUGAGAAGCUCGACUUGGAAUUUCUUCGGUCCAGGGGCAAAUGCGCAAGCAGUAGCGACAUGGCUGAACGGUUUUGGGGUACGAAUGCCAACCAAUCGAGGAGUGAUAGCACUUCAGGCCAUUCCACAGGCGACCCAGACAAGAAUGAGACAAUACAAAGCACGCCGAAAUGAGAAACUCACCCGGAUGUUUCUCCUGGUAACUGGUACAUUCAUCUUACUAUGGGGACCCUACAUGGUGAUGAAUUAUUGGUAUCUCUUCGAUGUGGCCAGUGAGCAAUCUAUCCCGGAUAUAUUUAUAUCAGUUGCUACGUGGCUGACUUACAUUCAAGUAGCCGUGACACCGACUGUCUAUAUUACUUAUUGCAAGACAUUCCGCAAGACGUUAAUGAAGCCGAGAUCACAACAUGGAUACACAUCCCGUAGAGACGAUGCUUAUACUGAAAAUGAUCAAUUUUAAUACUCUUUUUAUUAUGUUGUAUGCUGUAUUGCUGGUAGAUAUGUGCAGACUAAUAUAAAUAAAGUUGUGAAAUGUGUUAAAAUGAUAAACACCUCUUAGCACCAACUCACGGGUAUGAUCAGUUCCCGGGGAUCAGUUCUCACUUACCAGUUUGAUUCCAAUCAUAAAUAUGAAAUCAUGGUUGAGCACUUCAUACCUUUGGUAAUCCAAGAUGUAUUAGGUAUCA